AUGGCUCCCACUACUAGUAGUACUGUUGUUCCUACUCAUGGAACUAAAUGUGUAACCUCUGAACUAGGCCACCACUUUGUCAGUCCAAAGAAACCACGGGACAAGAAAAAAACACAGACAAGUGUCAAGUUACCUGGCAUUCAAGUCAAGUGCCGUCAAUUGCUGGCUCGCAUGCAAAAGCUCAUCAAUCCAGAGCUGAAGCAGAUUGAAAUUGUGGACACCGAAACCACCUCUAACAUGGAUCAGGCUGAUCAAGUUGUGGCCGACAUUCCCGACCCAGACUUUGAAAUACCAGCAGAAUGUCCCUCCGACAUACUCGUAGAAGAUCCUCCAAAUAAACGGUGGACUGUACCUGACAAGUCCACGGAUAUGUUGUAUAGCAGCUGGAAAGCACUGAUACCUGCUCUUGUUGACCCUCAUCUGAACAUGUGCUACAUCUUCAUGCCCUCAAAAACAGACCUCGAUCGGUUCAUAUCUAUUGAUGUCCUCAGUUGUAGAUGUUCUACGCUUCCCCAGGUGCUGAUUCACCAUGGCCUGUUUCCAACUGCUCCCUCACAGCCUUGUAUGGCUAUCUCUGUCGAACUUCUAUCCUUCUAUCGUGCACUUUUCGAGCAUUCUUGCGGUGCCAUCAAUGCAUUAGCCUCAGCUCUCAAAACGCACUACUCUCGCAGAGGUUUUGUCAUGACAGACAUCCGAGGGGAAAUCAUCCAGGAACCAUUUCGCCGAGGCCUGGGCUAUACUGUACAGUGGUACGACAUGCUACAAAUCCAAAUCAAAUGUAAAGUCAAAGAGGCACUGCAGAAUAGCCAUCAACAAGUGGCGACCUUUCGUUCUCAAGCAGAGGACCAAGUCGCAACCUCGACACCUCUGUCUACCUUACACAAAGGCCGGUGCACAUCAAUUCUUGUUCAACGGUGUCCUAUGGCAAUUUCCAUCACUGCCACCAGUGUACUGCAGGAGAUUGUCCUCGCUUCUACAAUCCGACUGACUUCCUCCAGAAAGACCCAUGUUCCUGUUGUUCCCGAUGAAGCUAUUGACCAAUGUGAGACAGCUUACGAAGCAGCUGAUGGGAAAAAACAAAAGGCUGCAAUGGACUCCUUUGACGACACUGGCAUCAUGGCACUAAUUUGUCACCAUGAUAUUCCUUUGUUCUUUGCUAACAUCGACUCUCUGGGGGAACAGCAGAAAUAUUCUGUCGCCCUCCUUGAACAUCUGUUUGGAUUGAUCCCACCCCAUGCGACAGUAGUAGCCUUGUAUGAUGUUGGAUGUGUCCUUGCACGAUCCCUGGGCAAGUAUGACAUUCUCCCUAACCAUAUUGUCUCACAUCUGCACUUUGCGACUACUGCCAUGCAUGCAUAUGGGCAUGAGUGGGCAUGUCAGUUGGUGUACAACCCAUGUGCCCCUGCCUGUCUCAAGAAGGAGUUGGACACCGUUCUGGCCUUACAGGCAGAUCUUGAUGCCUCCAACACCACGCUACAUUCUACAAGGUUCAUGUUUGAGAAAGGAGCCGCCUCACAAGAUACCCUCGAGGCUCUCAAGGCUCUCAAAAGUGGCCACGAUCAACUUAUGGGCAAAGUCGAAGUUCUAUAUGCAUCACUCAAUAUCCACAACCAAUUUCCUGAACUAGAAGGCAUCAAUUUAGAAUUUGUUAGGCUUCUUCUGAUGGCGCGUGACCUUAAAAUGAACAUCCGCAAAUGGGCAAUUGCCAGUUUCUUGGAAUGGGACAAACUAGAUCGUGCAGUUGGUGGCGCCCAACAAGCAUUAGGAACCAAACUCCAUCAACAGACUCGUAAAGUCAUUGCCAAACGCCAACCGGCCCUUCUCACUGCAAUCCAGAAAUUCAAUGCUUACUGUGAGCAUUUAGAAGCAUUAUAUGACCCUUCUUGGGGCAUUCCUCUUCCCAGUCCUCUUCCCACAAAGCUGAUGGAGCUGCAUAGUGAUCACAGUCUGAUGGAGGAUAUGUGGAUUACACUGUCAAAUGGGGAAGUUCCUCAAUGGUUAGAGGAUGCUGAUGUGAGAGAUGGCAUACAUGCCCUUCUGAAAUGCAAGCACUGCCGAGAAGAACAGAAGCGCCUUGGUAUUGAGGCUGAUAAUCUGUGCCAUUUCUUUGGUGAAGAACUUGCUGCACUUGAGCUUGCACUACACACACCUGGGUGUGAACUUGUAUCUGUCCUGCUGAGACAGCGCCAUGACUGUUUUCUCCGACUUCAAACACACUGGGCUAACCCCUUAGCCUCUUCACUUUGCUUUGCAUCCUAUGCCAAGGAUGCAUUAGUGAUUGCAGUCACCCUUUCAGGAGGUUCUCAAAUGUCAAACCUCAACUGGCUCGGUACUACAUUUCUGGAAGUACCUGAUCCAGAGAGUGACCUCAAUGAUGUUGAAUUUUCUGAGCCUCACGACCUGCCAGUAAUUGAAUCAGAGCAAGUUGCUCUAAGAUCCAAAUGCAUAGUUAUAACAAGUAUGUCCAUGAUUACAUAG